AAAGUCUUACUCUUGCCCUCUCCCAAAUCAAGCCCUUUUUAUGAGCAGCUAGUUGGGUCUUUGCUCUCCCUCAGUGAGCAUCUUCUUCUUCAAGGACACUAUAGCUCUGCUCCAGGAUCCUUUGAACCAAAGAGAAGACAAGAGAUGGCUCUAGUUAGCCAGGCUGCCAUGGUCGCGCAGUUUGCAGGGGUGGACGCCUACGGGCUCAUCAAGAUGAUUGCCGAGGCGGCACAGACGGUGCGGCGGAACAGGGCAACCUGCCUGCAGCUUGCACGGCGUGCCAAGAUGAUCGGUGACCUGCUGCACCGGCUCCACGCCGCGCAGCUGAUGCAGCAGCCGGAGACGAGGAACCCCGUGGAGCAGCUGGAGGAAACGCUCCGGCGGGCUCUGCUGCUCAUCAGGUCCUGCCGGGGCCGCAGCUACCUGUACCGAUGCUUCAUGGGGGCACGACACGCCGACGAGCUCCGCGAGGUGCAGAGCGAGAUCUCCUUCUAUCUCCAGCUUUUCCCUCUUAUCAGCUACGUCGACACCACCCUCACCUGGGUCAGGCUCCUAAACAAAGCUUCUCCUGAUACUUCCUGCAAAGAGGCACCUAUGGUAAGACCAUAUUUUGUGCCAUUUCUGUUCCUCGCGCUGGAUGGAUGGUGCUUGGUAGUUAAUUAUUCAGGGAGUAUACCUUGGUACAGUAUACACAUAGUUUACAUCUAUUUCUUAUUCUAAGAUCUACUACUCCGUCUGCGAAUGUUUGGCAUGUAUAUAUCUGCACCUCUGCAGGAGUUAAAAAUUGUUAUUCAGCUGACCAAUUCUUCCUUUUUCUUAUCACUUCAUUCAAAGGAUCGACAAAAUUAUCUAGCUAGCAUGCUGUUUCUGAAACUGCUAGCUAGUACAACUUCUGUAUAGAUUAGCAAUUUUGUCCAUGGAGAAAAUCUGGCAUAGGGUGAAAUUCAGGAUCACCUUAUCCAAACUCCAGUUGUAAGUUGGUUCUUGCUGUGCAUGCUAAAUAGGUAUGUUGGCAUUUUCUUUUCCUUGUGGAAGAUCAGACCAGGAUUAAGAACUGGCCAUCUGAAUCUUGCAUAUUUAUUUUCUAAUACCACUCGGAGGUGUGCUCUUGGGUGUUUAAUUUGCCUCGAAAGCUUACAUUUUGGUACAUCAGGAUCACAAAGUUACAGGUUCGGAUGCACAAUUGCUGGUGCUGUUGGAUGAGCGUAAAGAAGCUUCCAUGGUCCCUUCUUCACAUGGUGCAACCCUUCAGGCUCCUAAGCUAGCCUGUGUAACUUGAAGGCCCUCCUCCUCUCUCAUGUACAUACAUACAUAUACAAAGCUUUUUGAAGAAUCGAAGGCGAGCCCCUGAGAAGCAAUAAGGCUCGAGUCCGGUGCCACUGUAUAAAUGAUCCAGGCUUCAGAGAUGAACGAAAAUUAGACAAACGAAUUAUGGGAGUUCAGAAACCAUGCAAGGUUCCUUGUCCAUGUUCUUUUGUCCCCAAAGAAACCAUUUCGUAGUGCCCGUUGCCAUAAAUACAGAUUUUACAGAUAAGUGCAGAGAUUUACUACCAGUAGGGUUGUCACAGAUGUUUCGAUGUAAUUCUUUUUGCCUGGGAUGGCUAUUGACAGUACCUUGAUGUUUCGAUCUCGGUAAAUCUGAGAGCGGCAUGCAAUGCAUGUACAGUUUCUGAACAAUAUGAGAAAGAGUAUGUUAUAUUCAGCA